UAUUUCCCAACACUUCCGUUUCCGUCUCGCUCUCUCCGUCUCUCUCGCUCUCCACCGUAUUCCUCUCCUCUCUCUCUCCGACCUCGGGUCCUCGGCUCGGCGGAGCAGCCCGGCCGCCGGCGGCCUCCCUCUCUCCUCUCCACAUCGCGGCGCCCCACGCCUACCCCUCCCUGCUCGCGCGCGGCACGACGGGCCCUCCUCGGCGGCGCCGAAUCGAGCUCUGGCCAGCGAGCUCGCGGUGGAGGAGGGCGACGAGAUCCUCCAUGGCCGCCUCCUCGAGCUCGCCGUCGAGGAGGAGGCCCGCGCCGGCGAGGAGGCUCGCCUUGUUGUUCGUGUAGUUCUGCUAUCUGCAGCGAGUUUGGGUAUCCGAUUUUGAUUCGGGGCUUCAAGGAUUUCAGUAUCAUCUGGUUCCUAUUAGCGCUUCUAUUGUAGCGGGUCGCAUCUAUUUUUUUCCAUGUUUUUUCCCUUUUGCCGAUUUUCGUGUAGAACUCUUGGUGUUUGUUUUGGAUCUGUUCUAGUGGAACGCCGUAUAUAGGUUUCGUGGUCGACGGGGAGAGGGGGGGGGGUUGCACAUUUCAGUAGGUAUUGUUCUGCUUUUGCUAUUCUAGUGGAUUUUUUUGUUCAUCGUUUUUGUUAGAGAUUCAACGUUUUGGCUCUCCUAUCAUAUAUAUAAGCGUGCUCCCCCUGCUGGAAUUUUUUUUCUUACAGACAUUUCAAAAUAUUUGUAUAUAUAUGAACAUUUUAGAUUCCGGUGUGUUAGGGUUUGUUAUUUAUGGUAGCUUUUAAGUACAUUUUUUCGCAUUCUUUUUCAUCCAAGUGACUACAAUAUUUUUUGCUAUCAGGAAUUAGUGUAGCAGGUACCAUGGAUGGUUCCAGUUCAAGUGACCAGAAUGCGCAAAGCAGCAAAGAUAAAAAUGCAGAAAGUAAUUCUAAGCUCGCAAAUAAAAGCAGCCCUACUGUUAGUCACCAGUUUUACGAGAGCAUAUGCAGAGUUAGAGAAAUCAACUCAUUAUUGUUCUCAAGGCGUCGCCUAGGCGUCUCCUAGGAAUGAUGAUGCCCCCUUAGAUUUAUGUGAAUCACCUCUAAAGAAGCAGAAAGCUGUCUCCAAUAAAUUUUCAGAUGCUACUUCUUCAAGAGACACAACUGCUGUUGAUCACAUAUCUGCUGAGAAGGAAUAUGCAAAAAUGAACACAAAGAAAAAGGAUUUAUCUGAUUUGGGUCACAAGAAGCGAGCCCUGAAAGCACCUGUAUCAUUGUUCAAAGGCGAGAAGUUAAAGGCUCCAAAAAUUGUUCUAUCUGAGUUUGAAAAAGAAAUUUACCAUCUUGCUACCAAAAGAAUUAGGGAUUCAUACCCAAACCCUGAAUGUGUCCGUAUUGGGAGAAUGUCCAUUGCUCUGAGAGAGUUCGGUGAUACUAUGCGCCCAAAGAAAUGGGUUGGAACAUUUGCUAUGAAUGUUUAUACUGAAGCAUUGAUGUAUGAUCAGAAUAAACUUGAAAAUCCCAACCUAAGGAAAGGAUUUCUUACUUCAGCCGAAGUUGAACGACAGUGGUGUUUUUGUUCUUCAGUUACUUCUUGCUUACAAUGGAAAGACACAUUUCCAUUUUACUCAGGAACAUUCAAAGCCAUUGCGCGAAUCAUUGACGUACUAUCUGUGUGCCCACGAGGAGAAGGAGCUGAUUAUGCCAGAAAUAAGGCAGAUUGCUUAUCAACAUGUAAUAAAGUUGGAGAACUACACAGCAAGGACGAAAAGGUACAGCAAAAAGUGAUUCGCAUCAGCUAUCAUUGGAAGAUGUUUUUUUUUCCGUAUCACACAGAGAGAUACUAAAUUUGUUUGAAAAACAUCCUUGUCUAUUGUUUCAAUGUAUUUAUAUUUUAGUCUCACACAGAGAGGGUACAUGAAUGAAUGGUCUAUUUUUGUUUCAUGUAACAUUUUUUU